CGCCGCGGCCGGACGUGCAAGUAGGGUGGCAUGCGCGCCGGGGUGAAACUUGCAAGCUCCCCCUUUAUCGAGCUUGCAGAUGGCUGUGCCUUUUAGAUUUUGACGUAUUCCUCCGUUCCUCCCCGUUCGUUCGUUUCUACGUGCGCUUCGUGCGCGUGUGAUGUAAUAUUUCGGUCAUUUACUUCAUCGGUCGCCACUUUCCGACGAUCAACUCUUCUCCAUCAUGCCUAGGAAAGUCGGAUUUAACGUCGUCUACGCCACGAGCGAGGAGGACAGGCACUCGUCGUUAGAGCUUAAUGUUCACGGGCCGACAGUAAGGGGUUGGCAAAGUGCAAGAAACUGCACGUAUCCUCAAGAACUGAUUCUACGUCUUCACGGGCCCACGAAGCUUACGAGGAUACAGGUGUUGGCUCAUCAGUAUCUCAUACCUGAGAAACUAGAGAUCUGGACUUCGAGGGAAGAAAAUGCAUCCGCUUCGACGAAUUUCAGUUACCUGGGCUACAUCACAUUGUCGGACAACGCGUCGACCCUUUACAAGAGCAGGGAGCUGAAAAGCGUGGCUCUACCGGAGACGGAAGCGUUGUCUCUGAAGCUCAGGCUACAUAAACCGCACAGUAACGCGCACAAUACUUAUUGUCAGGUUGGUCUUAUUGCUAUAAAUAUACUUGGCGAACCUUCCGGUCAGGAAUUAACCGGACAAGGAGAUGCCCCGUACAAUCCGCAUUAUACCUCGCCUUAUGACGAUUUAGCUUUUGAAAUGUACGUCGAUCGGGAAGUGGCCAAAAUCAUAAGGCAGAUGGAAGCGAAGAAACUGAUAGCGGUGGAAGAAGAGAGAUUCGAGUACGCUUCGAAGUUGAAGGUGGCAAUGGAGAAUUUAAGAAAAGCGGGCGAACGUCUGGGCAAGUACGAAUUAGAGAAGAAGUAUGCCAUUGCGUUGGAGGAUUACGACAAGGCCAAAGCCAAGAAGGCCCAGGCUCAACAAUACAGACAGCAGGUCUAUCAGGCGUUGGAGAUACACAAUCUGCUCGAAGUUCACGGGCCUGUAGAGAAAAACAAUCUGUCGUCCGCGGAAGACAAAGAAAUGACGUCUGACACGUGUACUUCGAACAAAGCGGUGUUGUCCGACGACGUUACGUCUCCCCCGAGACUAGUUAUCCCACCUAAUCGCGAUGGCGCCCUGUCGCCAACUGGUCCCGCGCAUCAACCGCCGGUGUCGCCGCUACAUCAAAAACCCAACAGUCCUGAGGUAACCGACAGUCCGACGAACGGUGUUCUUGAGAGACAGAGCAACUGUAACAAAGGAUCUUUAAGACGGAAAACCAAAUCGGCAGGACCGGCCCUUCGCUCGAGCUACGAAGCUUACGAGGAAAGAACCAUUCCUGCUCUGAGACACUCACAUACGAACGAAUUUACGAGAGAGUGUCACUUGGACAACACGACGGAGACGAAAGUUACCUCGAAGCUGAAUGACAGGGAGAAGAAACAAGCCGCGUUACCUAUCGCGGUCUUUGGAAUGGAUAUGGUGGAAAAGUUUUACUCGAAACAGUUCACGGAUAAGGAGGAAGGAUUGAUGCAAUUGAAAGAGGAGCUGAAGACAUUCGAUCCGGAAGUAUCGAAGCAUUCUCCGAAUAAAGUGGCCAGGGCGGCAAUUCUGCUAUUACACAGAGCUCUUAGGGACAAGGUUUUCAGCGUGUACAGUUUGGCCGCGCAACUUAUAAGAAUCUUUUUCUCCGAGUUCGCCGCAGACAAGGUAUCUUCGACUGAAAUCGCCAGAAGCGUCGAACGUUUGUUGCCGGAACUUUUGACGAAGUCGGGAGACACCACGCCGAGAAUACACAACAUGGCAGUGCACACGAUUCUCAGCAUGGCAGACUGCAAAUGUGUGCGAGAGUUGCAUAUAAUACCGGUGCAUUUGACGAGACCGGUCAAUAGUAGCACGCAUCAGAGACUCGCGCUGAGCAGGCUGGAGAUGGUAGAGCAACUGAUACUGAGUCACGGCAUCUCUACGGAAAAGCAAAGCGGGCUGACAUGUCGGACGUUAUCCGAACUAGGUUCUUCCGGUCUGCACCAUCCGGCCGAGGCGGUACGUAAGGUCUCCGAGAGAAUUCUCGUGUUGGUUUACAAGGUCAAUCCUAGAUUAGUGCGAAAGCAAUUGCCGCCAGACGAUGAUAUAACUCGACGAAAUCUGUUAUAUCGUCAACUCUUCCACGAAUUCGAUCUGAUUGAUCUUCAAAGGAAAAAGGAAGCCGAAGCCAGCAAUAAAGCAACAACGACGCCUACGCGAACUAAAUCAUCGGAAAAUAACGUAGCUAGUUUAACCAAGUCACCUUCGAGAUCGAGUCCAGUUGUGAGUACCGGAAGCUCAACGAGUAUCACGUCUCCGUCCGAGAACAGUACCGAUCAUAAGGGAGAUAACAGAAUGUGCAUAUUUUGCCUGUCUAAGGGUCAAGUGUAUUCUGAGGAAGGUCUGAACAUACAUUACUGGAGAACCUGUCCUAUGUUAACGAAAUGCGAAGCGUGCAAGCAAGUCGUAGAAAUCUCUUAUUUGAACCUACACUUGUUAAAUGAAUGCGAUAUGAGGAGUAAUUACGUAAAAUGUGACACGUGCAAACAGGCGGUAUACGAAAGUGCAUUUGAGAAUCACAGACAAGACAAAAAAUGCACAAAACCUAUAGAAGGAUACGAACGCUGUCCCCUCUGUUUAGGUUUGGUAAAUCAAAACAAGUGGAGAGAACAUCUCAUGGGCGAUCACCCGUGUGCAAAUAAUCCACGAAGCAAACUUGGAAAAAGCUGUUCGAAAUCGCCAUCCAACUCGCAAAAUUUCAGCGGUAAAUUAACAUCGCCAACGAAUAAGGAUUAUUAGCAUCAGGCAUCAACUUCAAAACAAAUGGAGAAAUUUGAUGAGUCUUAGAUAUUUUGAUUUUAUAUAUAUUUAUUUUCUAGUUUUAUGUGUUAAAACUUGUCUAGUCUUUUUCAUGUUUGUAUCUAUAUUUAAAUGAUUUUUAUAGCAAAACCCGUCCUUUAUUCGUAGUAAUCCAUACUGAACUGAAAAUUUUUCAUCGCAAGUUGAAAAUUCUAGCAUUUAAAAACUUAGAAGAAGCGGUCAGACACGCUUAUAUCAAGAGAGAUUUCAUAAAAAUCUUUGGAAAAUACGAUAUGACGCGACGUCAAAGCGAGGAGUUGUUAACAGAUUCCAUUCUUUCUAAUCGUUAUCGCACGAUAACCGGGAUGUCUUGCGAGAGAUUGCAUCAAUUAUUAAAUGUAGUGAUAUAUCAAAUGUUACAAGAAAAAAAUGUCACUUCUGAAUUAAUAAUUCUUUCAAAUCCGGCCAUGUUUAUAAUAAAAAUUUGUAUAGUGCACACCGCAAUUAAAAAAAUACGGUAUCAGGGAAUGGAAGUUAUCGCUCAAACAAUGGUAGAUAACAUAAUUGUUUUUAUAACAGAAAUGUUAUUUCGU